AUUACGAGAAAAGUGGAGAGUCUCUCUCGUGUUAAACAAAUCUCUCUCCUCUCUCAAUCUCUCUGCAUAUACACACAAAUUUUCAUUUCUUAUUCUCUCUAUUCCCUAAUCAUCAAAACAUUUGAUCAGAAAACUUCAUUAAAAUACUGAAUCUUCAUUUUAUUAAUCAAUCGAUACACACAUAUAUAGAUACUGAUCAUCAUCAUCAUCAUGUCGUGCUCCUCAUCAUCUGGCUCAUCGGAGGAAGACGAGGGCUUCGAUUCUUACCGGAAAGGCGGCUAUCACGCCGUCAGAAUCGCCGAUACUUUCGCUUCCGGCCGCUACAUCGCUCAGAGAAAACUCGGGUGGGGCCAGUUUUCUACCGUUUGGCUUGCGUAUGAUACUCAAAGUGAGAGAUAUGUAGCUCUUAAAAUUCAGAAAAGUGCACCAGAAUUCGCUCAAUCUGCUCUCCAUGAAAUUGAAGUUCUUUCUGCUAUUACUAAUGGUGACCCCACAAAUAGUAAAUGUGUUGUAAGGUUAAUUGACCAUUUUAAGCAUGUAGGCCCAAAUGGACAACAUUGGUGCAUGGUUCUUGAAUUUCUUGGGGAUAACAUUCUUCGGCUAAUCAGAUACAACCGUUAUAAAGGCCUUGAAAUCAACAAAGUAAGGGAAAUAUGCAAAUGCGUAUUGACUGGUUUGGAUUAUUUGCAUAGAGAACUCCGUCUGUUACACACAGACCUAAAACCUGAAAACAUUCUUCUUCUUUCCACAAUAAACUCUUCGAAAGACCCAAUUAAGUCUGGAACAGCCCCCAUUCUCGAAAAGCCUGAAGGAGUUUCUAAUGGCAGUGCUACAAUGAGCGCUAUUGAGAAAAGGCUAAAGCAGAGGGCUAGGAGAGCAGUUGCCACAAUAUCUACCAAAAGGGGUGGAUUUGUUUCAGCACCAAAGCCUCCUAGAUGCCUAGAUGGGAUUGAUAUGAAUUGCAAAAUCGUGGAUUUUGGGAAUGCAUGUUGGGAGAGUAAGAAAAUUGCUGAAGAAAUUCAAACAAGACAAUACAGAGCUCCUGAAGUUAUACUUCAGUCUGGCUACUCUUUUGCUUCUGAUAUGUGGUCAUUUGCUUGCACAGCUUUUGAGCUUGCCACUGGCGAGAUGAUGUUCGCCCCUAAGGGUACACAAGGAUUUAGUGAGGAUGAGGAUCAUCUUGCUCUAAUGAUGGAACUCCUUGGAAAAAUGCCGAGGAAGAUAGCUAUAGGAGGACGUCGUUCUAAAGACUAUUUUGACAGACAUGGAGAUCUGAAGAGGAUUAGGAGGUUAAAAUACUGCGCACUUGAUCGAUUGCUAGUUGACAAAUUUAAACUUUCCAACACAGAUGCACGUGAAUUAGCAGAGUUUCUUUCUCCUAUACUUGAUUUCGCACCUGAGAAGCGACCAACUGCUCAGCAAUGUUUGCAACACCCAUGGCUUAACAUAAAGAAUCCUGACAGUUGAAUCUAGUCUAGAAAAGUCAAAUUAUUGAAAGAGACCUUAUUAAGCCAGACGAGUGAGGAGGGGAAUAUGCAGUACUCCAUCCCCGCCUAUAUAGUAUUACUUCAGAAAAUAUUUUUUGAUUUAUUGAGAAUCCUGUUAACAUUUAUAACCUUCAACUGGUUUUUGUUGUCUUUUUCUCAUUUUUCUUUUAAAUUCUCAUCACUGUAUACUAUACCUUUCCGGAGGUCUCUUAGGAGACCAGAAUAAGGAAGAGAAAUGUACCACAUUGGCCACAUUUUUCUUUUAGAA